GUCGUCUUCUCCGGCGGCUUCUCUCUGCUCGCACAGACUCAAUUUGCUCCAAAUAGGCCUUUGCUUUGUUACAAUCCCACCGACAUGAUGUCGUCCAGCUUCAAAGACAUCCGCGUCACCGCGAGCGGGUCUUUCCCCGGAUAUACCCAAGCGAAGAUUUCGAAAAUUAUCGAGGAUCUGGGCGGAUCAUACUUCCACGGGGUCGAGGAUGACUGUACCCAUUUCAUCACCAACCAGAGAGAGGUCGACCGGAAGAACUCCAAGUACAUCAAAGCGAUCAAGGUCUACAAUUGUGAGAUUGUUGCCAUCGACUGGCUGAUCGAGUCUCAAAAGGAGGGCAAGCCUUUGGCCGUGGACGACUACGUGUUGGGGAUCAGCAAGGACAAGGUCGACGGGAAAAACAAGGCGAACGGGACGAAGGAAAGCCCAAAGAAGAAGCGCACGCUCGAAGAGGUCCUUCACGAGGAUGAAGGCGCAGACGGUGAUGAGGAUGGCGCCUGCAAGCGAGCCAAGGACGCUCAGACAGUCGGCUCCAAGAAGUUGAAGAUCUCCGUGGACGAGGCGUGCUUUCUAACCAACCGCUCGGUGUACAUUGACGACGAGGGGUUGAUCUGGGAUGCCGCGCUGAAUCAGACCGUGGCAGCCGCCAACAACAACAAGUUCUACCGCCUUCAGCUGCUAGUGGACCCUGCGGGACAGACCUUUUCAACAUGGACGCGCUGGGGCCGCGUCGGCGAAGUCGGUCAAAGCGCAUUGCUAGGCGAUAACACUCUGGAGACGGCGAAGAGGGAAUUCGAGAAGAAGUUCAAAGCCAAGUCGGGCCUGUCAUGGGAGAAGCGGCUGGACCCCCCGAAGAAGGGAAAGUACACUUUUAUCGAGCGCAACUACGAAGAGGACUCGGACGACGAAGAUGACGAGGCAGGGGGGAAGAAGAAGAAGAAGAAGGAGGAGGAAAAGCGUCCGCCCGUACAAAGCACCUUGACCGCGCCCGUCCAGGACCUCAUGUCGUUCAUCUUCAACAAGAAGCAUUUCCUGUCCGUCAUGGCGUCCAUGUCGUACGAUGCGCUAAAGCUCCCCCUGGGCAAGCUGAGCAAACGCACCCUCCGCAACGGGUUCCAAAUAUUGAAGGACCUGUCGGAGCUCGCCGGCAACCCUGCGCUGGCGCCGCAAAAGUACAACAGUUCGUGUGCGACGGCGAUGGCAGACCUCAGCGAUCAGUACUUCACUACCAUCCCGCACGUCUUCGGCCGCAACCGACCGCCCGUGCUGAACACCGACGCGCAAAUAAAAAGAGAGAUCGAGUUGCUCGAGGCCCUGACCGAGAUGGAGGUCGCGAAUACCAUCAUGGAGUCCAAGCAGGAGGAUAACAUCCACGAGCUGGACCGGCAGUUCCAAAGCCUGGGCAUGGAAGAGAUGACAGCGUUGGACCACAAGACCACCGAAUUCCAAGAGCUGCACAACUAUCUCCAACAAUCGCGCGGCUCGACGCACCGCAUGGGAUACAAGGUCAUCAACAUCUUUCGCAUCGAACGCCAAGGCGAAAACGAGCGAUUCGAAUCCUCCCCCUACGCCGAGCUCAAAAACAGCAACCGCAGCCUCCUCUGGCACGGAUCGCGCAGCACCAACUUCGGCGGCAUCCUCAGCCAAGGCCUACGGAUCGCACCCCCCGAAGCCCCCGUCAGCGGCUACAUGUUCGGCAAGGGCGUCUACUUCGCCGACAUGUCGAGCAAGUCCGCCGGGUACACCUGCUCCUGCAACAGCGGCGGCACGGGCCUGCUGCUCCUGUGCGACGUCGAGCUCGGCAACCCCAUGCUGGAGCUGGACAGGGCCAACUUCGACGCCGGCUCCGACGCCAAGAAGGCCGGCAAGUACGCUACCCUCGGCCGCGGCAGCUCGAUCCCCGGCGCGUGGACGGACGCCGGUCGUGUCCAUGAGAGCUUGCGGGGGGUGCAGAUGCCUGACUCGUCGGUCGCGACUGCAGCUAGGCAGGGGCCCAGCGGGCUGUACUAUAAUGAGUAUAUUGUGUAUGACGUGGCGCAGAUUCGACAGCGGUAUUUGUUUCAGGUGAAGAUCAACUAGUCGUGGCACACUUCAAUUUUUUGAGGCAUUGGGAGUUAAAGUGUACAUCAGGAUGGGUAUAGCGUUGCUAAUGCAGUCUAUUCAUUAUUCAAUUUCUAAUCUGGUUCUUGAGCGA